UGCCAGUAGAAAACAAUUCUGUCAGAAAACGUUUGUUAACAUUAGUAACAACUACAGUAAAGUUAUAAAAUUAUAUAUCCAUUAAGCUUUAGAUUAUCAAACAAAGAUAAUCCAGGAUUAAAAUGAAUCUUUGUUACAGUCUGUGCAUAAUUGUCUAUCUGAUGAUUUUUUGUGCUGGUGAAAUGGAUGAAGAAAUUUAUCGACCAGAUUAUGGAGUAUAUUCUACACUACCACAUAUAUCAGACUAUGUGUUAUCAGAUAUUUUGGAAGGAAAGAACAAAAUGUCUCCUUAUAGUGAAAAGUACAAAUGGCCUAUAGUUGACUUGGACAACUUUGAUAAGAAUAAAGUGUUUUAUGUUCAUCGUAGACGAUUCACUCGUCCAUAUGGUCGUUGAUUGAUAAAUAUCAAGAAGCCAGAAUGAAUAUUCUUUCCACUUGCUUUUUUUUAUAUAUAUCACAGAUGAAUCUACAAUGAAUUCUUGUUAAAACUUUAUUAAACUAAUCUGAAUUUGAUGCAUCAAAAUUAUUCAAUAAACUGUUAUCUGUGCAUUCAAAACCUUACUGUUGUAUUUAAGCUGAUCAAAACUUGCCUAAUUAAAUAUGAAUAAAUAUGUGUUUAAUUUCUCAUGUCACUGAGAAGUUUUGUUGUUUAACAUUGAACAAAUAUAUCGAAAAUAAUUAAGUAAAAGAAUUAUGAAAGUCAUCCUAGGUUGCCAUCAGACUAUGAGAGAAUUCGCGCUUCAAACAACUGAAGAUUCUGAUUACAUUGAUAAAAGGCAACAAACUGAACAAAGAAUAUUCUUUUUAAUAAGUUCUG